CAGUUCCCCGUGUACCGCCCCAAGGCGUCCGACUCGGUCAUCAGCAAGGCGUUCGCCCUCCCCGGCCUCAAGAAGCGCGGCAUCCUCCUCACGCCCAAGCUGUCGCAGCGCCCGCUCGGCACCCGCGUCUCGGGCGACUUCCUCCCGACCCCGCUCCACGACCCGCUGAGCGAGCACGCCAUCGUCCUGUGGGACCCGACCGUCGACGACCGCGAGGCCGAGCGCGAGCGGGCGCGCCUCGCCGACGAGAAGGCGGCCCAGGACGAGCUCGACGACGACGACGAGAAGGCGCGCAAGCAGGUGCACCGCAGCCUCGCCGACAUCCUCGGCAUCACGGACCGCAAGAAGCUCGCCGGCGGCGUCCGCAAGGUGGCCGUCGUCAUCGACCCGGUCCUCGGCCGCAAGCUGCGCCCGCACCAGGUCGAGGGCGUCAAGUUCCUGUACCGCUGCUCGACCGGCAUGACGGACGAGAACGCGUACGGCUGCAUCAUGGCCGACGAAAUGGGCCUCGGCAAGACGCUCCAGUGCAUCGCCCUCAUGUGGACGCUUCUCCGCCAGUCGCCGCUGCCCAACAAGUCGAGCAUCGACAAGGCCAUCGUCGUGUGCCCCUCGUCGCUCGUCAAGAACUGGGCCAACGAGCUCACCAAGUGGCUCGGCGACGACGCGCCGACGCCGCUCGCGAUCGACGGCAAGGUGACGGGCAACGAGCUCGUCAACAAGGUGCGCCAGUGGUGCGCGACCAAGGGCAAGCAGGUCAUGACGCCCGUCAUCAUCGUGUCGUACGAGAAGCUGCGCACGCUCACGGACGAGCUUGGCCAGACCGAGAUCGGCCUGCUGCUCGCCGACGAGGGCCACCGCCUCAAGAACUCGACCAACCAGACGUACACGGCCCUGACUAAGAUCAACUGCAAGCGCCGCGUCAUCCUCACGGGCACGCCGAUCCAAAACGACCUCAACGAGUACUUCUCGCUGCUCGACUUCUGCAACCCGGGCUACCUCGGCACCAAGCAGGAGUUCCACAAGCAGUUCGAGCUGCCCAUCCUCAAGGGCCGCGACGGCGACGCGACCGACAAGCAGAAGGAGCGCGGCAACGAGGCCAUGAAGAUGCUCGCCGAGAAGGUCAACAAGCUCAUCAUCCGCAGGACCAACGAUCUCCUGAGCAAGUACCUCCCCGUCAAGUACGAGCACGUCGUCUUCUGCGGCCUGUCCGAGUUCCAGCUCGCCCUGUACCGCUUCUUCAUGGCGUCGCCCGUCAUGAAGGCGCUCCUGCGCGGCAAGGACUCGCAGCCGCUCAAGGCCAUCACGAUCCUGCGCAAGCUGUGCAACCACCCGGACCUGCUCGACUUUGACGAGGACCUGCCCGGCGCCGAGGACGCCUUCCCCGAGGGCUACGACCCGCGCAACCGCAGGAGGACGCUCGACCCGGUCCUCGGCGGCAAGAUGGCCGUCCUCGACCGGUUCCUCACCAAGAUGCGCGCCGAGACCAACGACAAGAUCGUCCUGAUCUCCAACUUUACGUCGACGCUCGACCUCUUCCAGAAGCUGUGCGACAGCAAGCGCUUCGGCUGGCUCCGCCUCGAUGGCACCAUGACGGUCAACAAGCGCCAGAAGCUCGUCGACCAGUUCAACGACCCGGACGGCGACAAGACCGUGUUCCUCCUGUCCAGCAAGGCCGGCGGCUGCGGCAUCAACCUCAUUGGCGCCAACCGCCUCGUCCUCUUCGACCCCGACUGGAAUCCGGCGAGCGACAUGCAGGCGCUCGCGCGCGUGUGGCGCGACGGGCAGAAGAAGGACUGCUUCGUGUACCGCUUUGUCGCGACGGGCACCGUCGAGGAAAAGAUCUUUCAGCGUCAGUCGCACAAGCAGAACCUGUCGAGCGUCAUCGUCGACGCCAAGGAGGACAUCGAGCGCCACUACACGGGCGACAACCUGCGCCAGCUGUUCCUCUACAACGAGUCGGCGUGCCAGACGCACGACCUAUUCAAGUGCAAGCGCUGCAAGGGCGGCAAGCAGGUCGCUCGCGCUCCGGCCAUGCUCUACGGCGACACGUCGACGUGGAACCACUUGACGAACGAUUGCCUGCGCAACAUUCACGACUCGCUCUUGCGCAACGAGACGGGCCUCGGCGCCGUCACGGCGUGCUUUCAGUGUGCGUCGCCGCUCUCUCGCCUGUGCGACCGUUGUCGUCGUCGAGCGGCGCAGUCGCUGACACCAUCGAGGGCACGCAGACAUCUCGACCUGAGUCGCGCUCCUGCCUCCCCCUCGCUUCCCUCCCCUCUCCCCCGUCCACUCGUGCCUCUUUGUCGUUCUUUCCCUCCCCAGCAGUCGCAGCUUGUUGUCGCCUUCGCCACCCGCCGCUUACCCGUCUCUCGUCGUCGUUCCUGCAAGCACCAUCGCUUCGUCCACUUCACGCGCGACCGAGAGGAGAGCGAGUCCGCGCCUCUCGCAGGCCCUCGGUGGGCGGGAUCGACUGUGCUCAACCGAGGAAAGCUUGAGAGACGGCGAGCAAGGCAAAGCGAGAGGCUGCUGCGAGGAAGCCGAGCAAGCGAGUGA